ACAUUAACAUUCAUUUGCCUCGAGAUUAAUCCAACAACACACCCAAAUACAAAAUCCAAUUCCAUCUAAUAAACACAUGGAAAUUUUAAGAAUGGUGUGUUAGCCUAGUGUAUCAUUAUUUCAUUUUCAUUACAUAUAUGCAGGUAGGAUAAAUUUUUUGUCCCAAUAAUGUGUAGCAAUUCUCCGGUCUACCAAAAAAAAAUGGAAUUCCCAACACAAUUGAACAAAGUGGUACGCACAAACGUGAGCAGACCAAAAAAAACUGAUCAAAAAGAUCAUGAUCAUGAUCAAGAAGAAAUAUUGAUAAUAGAUGUUGAGAUUCAAAGAUGUGAUGAAUAUGUAAAGUUUGAUGUUUAUAUAAAUGAUGAAGAUGAUAAAGUUCCUUCUAAGGAAAAUCAAGUCAAAACUGAGUAUGCUGGGAGUUUUGUAAAUGUUCCUCAUCAUCAUCAUAGUCAUAGAAUCAAUGAUAAUGAUCAUCAUGAUGAUCAUAAGAUGAUGAUGACUUCUUUGAAGUUGGGUUUGAGUGAAUUGAUUGAAGAUUUAGGAGCUGAUGAUGAUGAUGAUGACGUUAUAGUAAGUUUGAUUCCUAAAUCUGGGAUUGAUAAUGUUGUUAUUAAGGGUAUCAAGCUAAGAUUGAAUUUGCUUCUUGAUGUUUUGUAUAACUCACCGCAUUGUUGUUAAAAUCGCGAUUCUGAUCCACGAUUUUACAAUUUUAUGAUCCAAAAACAUGUUAACGAUUUAAAUCGUAGGUCGAAUCUUGAAGUUGUAGAAUCUUACGAUUUUAGUUGGAAUAAUAUUUUUAGAGGUAGAAUCAUAACACGAUCCCACGAUUUAACGAUCCGAUUCUACUAAUUUAGUAUCGUUAAAUAAAUUUUCUUAUGUACAAUCUU